AUGGGUUACGCCUUCGAUAAAUGCAAGGAGAGGCCUGCGCACAUUGACGAGAUCCUGAACGGCCUCAACCGCUAUAACCCUGAGACGACGACCACUUUCCAGGAAUACGUCAACCAGCAGUGCGAGGAAAAGUUCUUUGACGCAUACGCAAGUCUCGCUCUGCUCAAAUUGUACCAAUUCAAUCCUCAACUCCUACACCCCGAGACUGCGACAAACAUCCUUGUCAAAGCGCUGACCGUCUUCCCCUCACCAUCUUUCUCCCUCUGCCUUGCGCUUCUCCCUCCCUCGACUAUUCCCUACAGCCCUGGCAACACCUCGAUCCCAACCACGGAUCUCACUGAAUCAAUACAAAAGCUCACCCGACUAAACACCCUGCUCGAGUCCGCUCAGUACGAGGCAUUUUGGUCUACGCUAGAGUCAGACGACCUUUACUCAGACCUCUACGCCGACGUCGUUGGAUUCGAAGACUUGGUGAGAAUACGUAUCGCGGGAGAGGUGGGAAAGACCUUUCGACAAAUCGACCUCAGUGUAUUGAGCGGAUGGCUGGAUUUGAGAGGGGAUGCGUUGACAAAGUUUGCCCAAACAGCCUGCGGCUGGAGGGUCAAUGGACAACAGGUAGACAUUCCAGCGAACGCAGAAAACGAAGCCAAGAGUGAGACAAAAGGUGAAAGGGUUGGAGUGGAUAUGUUUGGUCGAGUGUUUAGGAGAGGCUAUGAGGCGCCCGCUUGA